AUGGCGUCCACCGCAAAGUACCAGCCGGCUCCCCAGCAGGAACCCGACGACGACUACACCCAAGCUCCGCCCGCGUAUGGCACCUCGGCGGCGUCGUCGUCGCGCAACGAUCCCGGCCUGUUCGCAGAGCCGCGCAGCAGCGACGACAACAUUCCUGAUGACUUCAAGUUUGGCGGCUCUGUUGCCGAAGCCACGGUCGAUAUUCGCAACCAGUUCGUCCGCAAGGUCUACAGCAUCCUUACCGUCCAGCUCAUCGCCACGGCAGCCUUGAGCUCCAUCAGCUUCUUCAGCAAUGGAUACAAGGCGUGGAUUCAAAGCCAUCCUGGUCUCGUCUGGGCAUCUCUCUUCGGCGCCAUGAUCUUCAUGGGUCUCACCUACUGGAAGCGCAAAUCAUACCCGACCAACCUCCUCUUCCUCUCCCUCUUCACCCUCACCGAAGCCUACUCCAUCUCCGUCAUCGUCUCCUUCUACCAGACCUCCAUCGUCCUCAACGCCACCAUCCUCACCGCGGGCAUCUUCGUCUUCCUCACAGUCUUCGCCUGCCAGUCCAAGUACGACUUCACCUCAUGGAUGCCCUACCUCUUCGGCGCUCUGUGGGGCCUCAUCCUCUUUGGAUUCAUGGCCAUGUUCCUUCCGUAUAGCUCUACCGGCGAGCUCGUCUACGGAGGCCUUGCUGCCCUCAUCUUCAGCGGCUACAUCCUCGUCGACACCCAGAUGAUUAUGCGCCACCACCAUGUCGAGGAGGAGAUUGCCGCCGCCAUCAGCCUGUACCUCGACAUCAUCAACCUUUUCCUCGCCAUCCUGCGCAUCCUCAACAGCCAGUCUAACAACUAA